AUUGGGGGCGCCAUUUCAAACAUGGAUCCUGAACGUCCAUGCGAUGCACCAAAAAAGCUGAGUCACAAACAGUACAAAGCCUUUUUGAAGAAGGAGAAGCGGAGAUGCCAACGGCAGGCUGCUGCAAAAUUCCAAGCUGAACAAGAGGCAAAGAAUGCACCUCCUGACGAAAAACCCUCGGAAGAGGAGGUGGCAAGACUCACAAAGAUAGAACGAGAAGAAGAGAGGAAGGAAGAGGAAGAAAGGAGAAUUGCACAUGAAGCUUGGCUGGAACGAGAGAGGCUCGCCCAGGAGGCAUUUGAGCAAAGAAAGAAGAAAGAGGAGGCCCAAAAACAGAAACUAUUAGAAGAGCAGCGACGCAUCCAGGAGGAAUGGGAGGCAAGACAGGAGAAGGAGAACCAAAGCCAAAGCAAAAAAGAGCGGGAACUCGAGGCUGUCCUGCAGCAACUUGACAAGGAAAUAGCAGAUAGGGAAGAUGGACCGACGCAUAAUCCAGAAGCACCACGCCAGCCACAACAUGUCAAGCAGGAACCUUGCUCUUUCUUCCGUAAAACUGGAGGCUGUCGCUUUGGGGAUAGGUGCUCCCGCACCCACAUCCCACCUGAAAUCAGCACCACCCUCCUCUUCCCCCACAUGUACACCGAUUUCACCCUCGAGCAGAGCCACAGAGAUGAGUAUGACACUGACAUGGGCUUGGAGUAUGAUGAGGGAGAUGCUUAUGAGAGAUUCCUGGAGUUCUACGAUGAUGUAUUACCAGAGUUGAAGGACUUUGGAACGGUAGUUCAGUUCAAGGUGUGCUGCAACUGGGAGCCUCAUCUGCGAGGUAAUGUUUACGUCCAGUUCAAGACCGAGGAAGAAAGUAGCAAAGCAAGGGAAGCUUUCCACGGCAGGUUCUAUGCUAGCAGACAACUGUCAUGUGUCUUCACUCCAGUUAACAGCUGGAAGGCUGCUAUAUGUGGCAUGUUUCAGCAGAACAAAUGUCCACGUGGCAAGAACUGCAACUUUCUGCAUGUGUUUCAGAACCCGAACCGUGAGUUUGCAGAUGCUGACAGAGACUUCCAGGGACUCAGUGGCAGAGUUGGGCAGAGUCAGAGAGGCUGGAGAUACGAUCGUGACAGGAGUCCAAGGAAUCGUAACAGAAGUCAGAGUAGAGAGAGAAAUAGAGACCAACGACGUAGAAGCCGUAGUCGAAGCCGACACAGAAGGAAAAGGUCAAAAGAACGUAGCAGAAGCAGAGAACGUAGACUCCGAUAUUCUUCAUCAAGAAGGCACAGAUCUAGGAACCGUGAUAGAACUAGGAAGAAAAGAUCUCGAACCCGUAGUAGAUCUCCAAGUAGAAGUCCCUAUCAGUCAUCCAGAAGACAUAGGUCAAGAAGUGGUAGUAAGUCCAGACAAGGCUCACCAAGAAGUCCUGGAAGCACUGGAAUGAGAAGCCAGGAUCAAUCAUCAAAGCACAGCUCCAGGAAUCAAUCAAGACACAGAGAAUCAAGAAGCCCUAAUCAUCCUAGAAAGUCCAGGUCCCGAAGUGUCAGUCCCCCCAAAAGUCAGGGCAUGUCCAAGAAUCAGAGAAGUCAUAACAAUCCAAAGGAUGAUAAACAAUCAUCAUCUGACAGUGAUGAUAUUAACCAUGCCAGGACCGAAUGCCCUGAGAAGAAAUGUAAACCAGUCCAGGAUAAAUCCAGGAUUCAGCACCUUGAACUUAGCUCUGGAGAGACCCUGAACCACGAAGUAAACACUGAUGGCGAACUUCGAAUAUCGAAGGUGGAGUAUCAGCAGCAGAGUUCAACAAAUGGUGAUCAUUAUAGCAAAGUGUUGAAAACGUUCACUGAUAGACCCCUUGUCAAGUCUGAAACAGCUGAUAGAUUGGAAGAAGAUGGAGAAAUGUCAGCUGAUGAAAUGAAGCAAGAUUUAUCUAAAAUCCCUGGAAGUGAUUUUAAGGCAGCUGAAGACACAGGCCAGUCUGACCUGCCAGAGAAAGGUAGUAGAGCUGGACUGUUCUGCUUUGAAGGGGGGUCAACAGGGGAAGAUUCCGAAGGGAACUCAGAGGAUUUGUCUAAAUCACUGGAUAUGAGCAGUUCAAGAUCACCAAGCAAAGAAAAGCAUCCCCGUCAUGGCCAUAAAAGGAAACACAAACACAGUCACAAGAAACAUCACAAGAGACGCAGGAGAUUGUCACCACCUUCAGAUGUUUAACCCUUGACCUAGAUAGUAGCCAAUUAAAUUACAGCAAAAGAACAUGGAAAUUAUCCUAAUAAGGCUACCUAAAUUAUGUUUGCUUUGUGGAUUUGUGUUUGUUUCUUUGUGAUUCAAUAUUCAUGAAAAUAUGAGCUGUUUUAAAAGUGGGAUACAGUCUUUUUAUAUGUUGUAUGCUCCCAAGAACUCUUGGUAUCGAUUUUCUUAAGAUGCAGACAUAAACAGUUGAAUUGGUACAAGGCUUUCAAGAUCCACGGUGCACAGUUGAUUGAACGACACUGAAGGAGGUGAAGGAAAAAGGGAUAACACGGGCAAGUGGCAGCUAGUUUGUUCUUUAAUGCAAAUAUAUCCAGACUUGCCGUGAAUGGCAGGCUAAGUGUACAUAUUCAUACACAGGAUCAUUCACAGAGACAUACAAUCCAGUCGAAAACAAAUGGUUUGCCGCUGAAAUAUACAAAGCAAACAAAAAACCGAAAACCGAAAAAACACUAAAAAUCAACGAAACAAGAAUGAAACAGCUUCAUGAUAAAUUGAUUGUCCAUCUACGAUUAAUGUAAAAGUAGUCUCAGUUGCUACAGUUCGGAAUUCAGAGAGAUAUGCUCAGCUCGAUAUUCAUCGUCGGCUUUUGUUCAGUGUAAAGGUUUUAAAUAAAGGAGCAGUUACAUUA